AAGCUGCACAUGCUGCCGACCGGCGAGCUGGUGGUGCUCAACGCCCUCCCGGAGGACACGUACGUGACGUACCAGUGCCGCGUGGCGCACCGGCUCACCGGCGAGACGAGGGUGAGCGCGCGCCCCGCCAGGAUCACCAUGACAGAGCCCCGGGCGGCCACCCCGCCGCAGCUGAGCGAGCGGAGCCUGUCGCUGGACGCGCGCCGCGACGAGUGGGUGGUCAUCCCCUGCGUCGCCGUCGGCCACCCGCCGCCCGACUACAGGUGGGAGUUUAAGGGCGUGCCGUUGGCCGAGGACGAGCAGCGCUACUUCCUGGUGGGCCCGCUGCUGGUGCUGCCGCGGGUGCGCGCGCAGGACGCGGGCCGCUACUCGUGCGUCGCCUCCAACGUGGCCGGGUCGGCGCGCCUCGACGCCACCCUGGUCGUGACGACGCCGCUGUCGGCCAGGGUGUCGCCCGCGCAGGUGACGGCCGCCCUGGGCCAGGCCGCCGUCUUCACCUGCUCGCCGGCCGGCAGCCCCGUCACGCACGUGUACUGGACCAAGGACGGCCAGCCACCGUCCGCGCGCGUGGUCCCGGAGGCCGGCCAGGUGGGCAGCCCCGUGCUGAGGAUCGCGUCGGUGAGCCGCGAGGACCAGGGCGUCUACCAGUGCUUCGUGAAGAACGACGUCGACAGCGUGCACGCCUCGGCAGAGCUGCGCCUGGGAGACACGCCGCCCCAGCUCGUGAGCGGCUUCAUCCGGCAGACCAUCCAGCCGGGCAUCUCCGUCUCGCUCAAGUGCAUCGCCUCGGGCAACCCCACCCCCAACAUCCGCUGGACGCUGGACGGCUUCCCACUGCCCCAGGCCGACAGGUUCGUGAUCGGGCAGUACGUGCCGGCGCACGGCAACGUCAUCAGCCACGUCAACAUCACGGGCGUGCGCGUCGAGGACGGCGGCACCUACCGCUGCACCGCGGCCAACCGGGUGGGCGACGUGCACCACCAGGCGCAGCUCAACGUGUACGGUCCGCCGCACGCCCGGCCCAUGGGCGAGAUCUCGGCGGUGGCCGGCGAGACGCUCUCCAUCAGCUGCCCGGCGGCCGGCUACCCGAUCGACGAGAUCCGCUGGUUCCGAGACGGGCCCUCGGGGGAGCGCGCCCUGCCCACCAUGCGGCGCCACGUCGUCUUCCCCAACGGCACGCUCGUCGUCCAGAAGGUGCAGUCGGGCGGCGACGGCGACGGCGGCCACUACCGCUGCACCGUCACCAACAAGCAGGGCCGCUCGGCCUCGUCCAGCGCGCACGUCAACGUCAUGGUUCCACCCACCUGGGUCGUCGUCCCCUCGGACAAGGAAACGCGGCUCGGCCAGGCGGCGCUGCUCGACUGUCAGGUGGAGGGCUUCCCGCAACCCAGCGUCACGUGGAAGAAGGCGGCGACCGACGACCCCGGCCAGUACCAGGACGUGGUGGGCACGGAGCUGCCCCGCGCCGUCAUGGGGCUCGGGGGCGCGGACGACGGCGCCCUGGACGCGCUCGACGGCGGCGCCUCGCCGCGCGGCAUGACGAUCCUGGCCAACGGGUCCCUCGUCCUGGAGCGUGUCCGCCAGGAGGACGCGGGCCGCUACCUCUGCGAGGCCAGCAACGGCAUCGGCGUGGGGCUCAGCGCCGUCGUCACUCUCGUCGUCCACUCACCGGUGCACUUCGCGGCCCGCUCCCGGAAGGAGCUGGCCCGGCGCGGGCAGACGGUGACGCUGAGCUGCAGCGCCCUGGGCGACCUGCCCAUCACGCUGACCUGGCGGCGAGGGGGCGCGCCCAUCGAGAGCGGCGGCCGCUUCAGCAUCCGCAACUCGUCGCUGUCGAGCGGCGUGCGCCUGGGCCUGCGCUCCGAGCUGCUGGUGCAAGGGCUGCAGAGCGACGACGGCGGCUUGUACACCUGCUUCGGGCGCAACGAGUACGGCUACGACCAGACGCAGAUCAGCCUCCUCGUGCAAGACGUCCCGGGUGCGGUGGGCAACCUGAGGCUGGUGGAGCAGACCUCCAGGACGGCGUCGGUGGCGUGGGCGCCGCCGCAGGACGGCAACAGCGUCAUCACCCGCUACCUGGUGCGCUACCGGCUCGUGCCCGGGGAGGACGUGGACGGCUGGGAGGAGGCCGUCACGGAGAGCGCGGCCGGCGGUGGCCUCGGGGGUGGCGGCGCCGUCGUGGAGGUGGCGGUGGAGGCGCCGCUGCAGAGCGCCCAGCUGUCGGCGCUCCGGCCCGCCUCGCUGUACGCCGUCACGGUGCUGGCCGAGAACUCGCUGGGCGUCGGGCCCUCGUCCAAGCGGCUGGCCGUGCCCACGGACCAGGAGCCGCCCGCCGCCGCGCCUACGCACCUCGCCGUCGAGGCGUCCUCGUCCACCCAGCUGACGGUCAAGUGGGAGGCGCCCGCGGCGGACUCGUGGCACGGCCCGCUGCUCGGCCACUACGUCGGGCACCGCGAGCUGGGCCGCGACCCGGAGGGCAAGCGGCAGUACACGUUUGCGACGGUGCCGUGGGAGGGCGCGGGCGCGGCCGGCAGCACCACCACCGUCCUGGCGGGGCUCAGCAAGUACAAGCAGUACGGCGUCGUGGUGCAGGCCUACAACCCCAAGGGCGCCGGCCCGCUGUCCACCGAGGUCGUCGCGCAGACGUUGGAGGACGUCCCGGAGGCCGCCCCCAGGGACGUGCACUGCUCGCCCGAGUCCCCCGAGUCCCUGCGAGUGCACUGGCAGCCGCCGCCCGAGGCGCUGGUGCACGGCGUCAUCCAGGGCUACCGGCUGCUGUACCAGCCCGUGCAAGACCAGCUUGACGUGGCUGAGACGCAAAACAAGAUGACGACCGAGCUGAGCUCGACGCUCCACGGCCUCUUCAAGUACACCAACUACAGCGUGCAGGUGCUCGCCUUCACCCGGGUCGGCGACGGCAACAUGUCGGCGCCCAUCUUCUGCAGGACCAAGGAGGACGUGCCAGGCCAGCCCGGCGGGGUGAAGGCGGUGCUGCAGGCGCCCGACAUGGCGCUGGUGACGUGGCUGCCGCCGGCGCACCCCAACGGCCAGCUCACCAAGUACAGCGUGUACGUGCGCGACCUGGAGGGCGGGCGGCAGGUGGACGCGCGCAACAACCCCGUGCCCGCGCAGCCCGUGGAGCCGCAGGGCAGCGGGCAGCCGCAGGGCGCGCCGCUCGUGUUCCGCCUGCCCGGCAUGCGCAAGAAGCACCGCUACGAGUUCUGGGUCACGGCGCACACGCGCGUCGGCGAGGGACAGAGCAGCGCUGUGGUGGCCAUCACCCCCAGCGUCAACGUGUCCAACAACAUCCCUCCGGGCGCGCCGUUCGCGGUGAGCACGCUGAGCCCCGCCACCGAGUACCGGCUGCGUGUGACGGCCCACAACGAGGCGGGCUCGACGCAGGCCGAGUACCUGGCCGCCACGCUGGACGCGCACGGCGGCGGCGGCGGCGGCCAGCUGCGGCACGGCCAGGGCCAGGGCCCCGCGCUCGUGGCCACCACCACGGACCAGCGGCCGCACCCGCCCUUCCACCAGGACGUCAAGAUGGUGGCGCUGACGGGCGUGUCCGUGGCCGCGCUCGUGCUCAGCUUCCUCGCGCUGCUGCUCUGCCUGCGCAAGACCCGGGGCGGCGGCUCGGGCACCUCCCCGGUGAACAGCGCCCUGGGCGGCGUGGUGGGCGGGGGGCAGACGGCCACGCAGGACAACAAGCACAACCUGGCGCGGCGCGAGCAGUACUACGCCACCACCCGGAAGCUGCCCCCCUCGCCCUCGCCGGCCACCCUGGAGUGCAUACCAGAGUACGCCGACGACAUCCGUCCGUACGCCACCUUCCACGUGCCCGGCAGCGCCGAGUCCACCAAGCUGCAGACCUUCACGUACCGGGAGCGCGGCGGGGAGGUGGCCUCGUCGCCCGUGCGCAGGGUGAGUACCGCGCGUCCGCGUCGACGCCAACGAGAGACCGAGAGAGAUUGAUUGUAAAUUUCAAAC